CUCAUUCAGUAGGUCCUGUACGCGCGCAGGUAUAUUCUCUCUCACCUGGCGACUUGGCCUCACCUGGGCCGCCAUCUUGGAACCACCGGGUGCCGUCCUUAAAACAUUUCCCGUCUCGACAGAAAACCCAGCUAUCCGCGCUAUGCAGUCGCCCGUGCAGCUGCAGCUGCAGAACGUCGACCACCACUCGAAGACGCCACUUUGACAGCUCUCCGUGUCAAUAUCCGACGAGCUCGAGGACUUCGGAUUGACUCAAUCGACGCUUGUUCCGAUAAACACCAAACUACCUGUGAAUCACGAAAGUCAUACCGCUCGUCGAUAUUUUAACGCGCGAGUGGCGGAUACCGGAAAUUAUUCGCAAAUCGAUAAACUAAUUCUGCCGUGUAAAUGGUGAAUUGUUCUGUGCUCAAAUUUACUCGGGUCCCCUGUCAACGCCGUGGCGCAAACAAAUGAAUGUCCUCCUGACAUUAAGCGCGGUUAUCGAACCCAGAUUGUGCCAAUAAGAUGCUGAGAGAAUUGUCGCAUUGACAAGCCGAAGUGUACCCAGAGCCUCUUUACCGCGUUAAGAUUAAAUAAAUUAAAAUCUCGUUUAGUUUAAUUAUCUCCCAAUUUAAGCAGUGAUAAAGGAUUCUACACGGUGUUCGCUGAAAAUGGAACUGGUAGCUCUAGCCACAAGGAGCCCUUAAAAGUCACUUUGACAGACCGAACUACUAGCAAUAAUCGGAACGUCAGAGAUUGAGUUGACGAUUCGGCAAUCCUUCGUGGUAAAUCGUUCAAAAUGGGCUCCAAAAUCGAAUACGUAGAAUCCUCCCAUAUGUAUGCGACGAAUUAUAUAAGGAACUCAAAGGCGAUCGGCGUUUUAUGGGGAAUAUUUACCAUAUGCUAUGCCAUUAUCGGAGUGGUGGCUUUCGUCACUCCUGAGUGGCUGGGCGAUUUGGAGCACGAGAAUCCUGGAAGGUUUGGCCUCUGGACAAGAUGUAGCUAUGGCGGAAACGGGGAACUUGGCGAAGAGUGCAUCGGGAGACUGGACGAUCUGUCAACAAUCGCCAGCAUCCCUUUCAGAGCGAGCACCAUCCUUGUGGGAAUAGCAGUUGUCAUCGCAUUGUUGGCGAUAUGCGCGAUGCUUCUCUUCUUCUUCUGCCAAAGCACAACCGUUUUUUACAUAUGCGCCUGGAUGCAGGUGAUUUCCGCCGUGUGCAUGGCAAUCGGAGUUUGCGUCUACCCCCUGGGCUGGGACUCUCCAUUAAUUCGAGCCGUCUGCGGAGCUUCUGCAUCCAGAUACAACCCAGGGGCAUGUGCGGUAAGAUGGGCGAUUCCAUUGGCGGCCAUCGCUGCUCUGGAUGCGACGACUUUAGCGGCCCUUGCUUUUAUCUUGGCAUCGCGUCACGUCAGACUACAGCCGGAACCAUUUAACAAUGGGUCCCUGUACAAAGGCGAGGUGAACCCGGGGUAUGUAAACGAGGCCCAGAGUGUCGCAGGGUCCAGGAAGUCCUUAUCGUUGAGGCCGGUACUUCUGGUGGCGCCUCCGGAACAAGACCGCUACAGCGAACUCUCCAGGGCCAAAUCGCACUCGCAUCACAGUCUUUAUUCGCCGGCUCCUUCGCAUCCGGUUCACACAAUGUCGACGAACACCUUGAGUCAUUCUCAGCAUAACUUCCAGCUCUAGACGCCCCUCGAUACGAGAUGAGGAACCUACCAGGAAGCGGCUCCGUGUACAUACUGAUUACGCCGUGACUUAUCACUAUCCACACCGGAUGAGCUUCUAUCCGGUGUUAAGUUCUACACCCUGAGAACUUUGCUGAAAAUGACGUCAAGUUUCAUCUCUCCCAGAACUUUGCGUCCUAACUGGAGGAUCAAUAUCGAUAAAAACGACCAGGCAGAAGAUUAUUUUCAAUUAGGCAGAUUAAAGGAGAUUCACGACUGAAAAUCGUUGAUAAUCAUCUGUGCCUUGCGGACGCGAUGUUGAAUGCUUUACCAUUUCGGCUUUCGAAAAAUUUGCCUUUUUAUUACUUACGAGUUCUUUUUUCGAUCUUCUUAGAGAUAGUGGAAAGAGAAAUUUACCAUUAAGCGCAAGUAGCUGAGUAAAUAAUAGUUGCCCGAAUUGUUCCGACCUUUAGGGAAUUGUUAUUCGGUAGCGCUAGGCGUGUAUCUUAAUUUUACCGUGUAUAUUGAUCCCGUGUUAUGUGCUAGUUUGGAUUGAUUCGAAAUUUAUGUCGCGAGAAAAUUUAGUCAUUUACGGACGAAAGAGUUAGAAGUUUAUUUACGUUAUUUAGAGUAUUACAAAUAUGUACACAAUGCUCAGUUUCAUUAAAACGAGACGGCUAUUUAAGUUUUGUACUAACCUGAGUAUUUUAUCGUAUAACUUUUUGAUCGUUUUAUCUAUUUUUCUGAAAUUGUACGUCGAAAGGUGCGAAUUUGUGUUUUUACAUGCAAGCUUCAAUGGAUGUACAAUAGUAAUGUUAUAUCCGCGCCCUGUAUACAUAUUAAACCGAAAUAGAUUUUUACGUUCGGUAA